AUGAGCAGCUAUCUGUAUGAGCUACCUACGACCGGCGCGGUGUCCUUUGCCGACUUUUGCCACGACCCGACGGGCUCGUACACGACGCAGCUAGCGAACGCUACACAGGCGAGGGCCAACCUCCGCGUCGCGCUCAAGGAGAGCAAGCGCGCCGAUGGCGAGAAGGACCACCUUCGAUUGGUCCUAGAUGACUAUCUCCCGCAUCUGUGUGCCAUCAUCGCCUGCGUCGGAGCCGGAGAGCUCGUGCUGAAGAGCGAACCAGUCUUCAGCUGGCGCACGACCCUCGCUUCCACACUACUCAACAACUCCCCACGCCUCUCCGUGCCGACGCUGCACGCCGACCUUGCCUUCGCGCUCCUCACCUAUGCCUUUGCGCUCUCUAAUCUCGCUCGUGCAACUGCCGCUGCCCUAGGUGCCUAUGAGCGCUCGCGUGCCCUCUCCGAGCAGGAGCGGAGGGCGAAGGACGACAAGCUCAACUUCGCCGUCACGUUGCUAUGCCGCGCGAGCGGCGUGUUCGCGUACGUGUCUGAGACCGUGCUUCCGCAGUGGGAGCGGGGGGUCUCCGGCAAGCCAGGGAUCGCCCGCCCUCCCGAGCUGAAUAGGGAGGUCACCACCGCCCUCUCCAAGAUGGCGCUCAUGGACGCGCAGACGCUCGCGAUCCGCAAGCUGCUCACGAAGGCGACGGCCGAGAGCGCGUUCUCGCCGGGCCCGCCGCUCCCGAAAUCGCACCCAUCGCCGGCGCUCGUGGCAAAGCUGCACCUCGAGUGCGCAGAGACCUACGCCUCCGCGCGCGCGCUUGCCAAGACGCCCGGCGCGUCGCACAAACCGAAACAUCCUUUCGGACUUGGGAAGAAAGACGCGGACGAUGACGGCGCCGGAGGGGGCGGAGUCGCGAGCGAACUGAGAAGGUAUUUGGCGGACGAACACGCGCUGCACGCGGCGCUGGCGCACAAGUGGCUCGGCGUCGACGCGGGCGAAGCGCCGGGCGGCGCGCGGGCGGGCGAGGCGGUCGCAUUUCUGGCGUGGGCGAAACGCGAGCUGGACGAGCUCGGCGGGCGCGGGGUGAGCGUCGGCGGCGGCUCGCGAGAGGACGACAUGCGCAAGCGGCGGAAGGAGCGCGUGGCGGAGGAGGCGGCGAGCGCGGGCGUGUUCUUCAAGUACUACAAGAACAUGAACGACUCGCUCAAUUUCCAACCCGUCCCGGCGCAGGGCGAGCUUCAGGGGCGGAUCCCGGCCGGGCGCGCGGCGGUCGCGCCGAAGCCGUUCGCACCGCCCGCGCCGGCGUUCGGACCCGGCUCGGCGGCGUACGCUGCGCGGCAGGCGGAGGAGCUCGCCCUGGUCGACGCGGCGCCCGACGCGGCGGGACCGAACGCUGCGAGCGGGAGAUCGUACGCUGGAGAAGGGUCGUAUUUCUGA